UGCCUCAUCUUCAGUGUUUUUUAGACCGAUGGUGGUCGGAAGCGAUCGAGUCGAGGGGGGAUCGCAUUUUUAUAGUCUUAUUAUGAAAACGUGACCUGUCCCGAUGUUAUUUCCCUAUUUCUAAUAACUUCCUUUUUUAGAAAAGUUGUAUUUUCAGCGACUGGGCUGGCCAUGGAUCCGGCAACCAUGGAAGACGAUAUCUGCAUCCUGAAGCACGAGACGGCAUGCCCGCCGAUAGAGAGCCCAGUGUCGGGGUGCCCCGGGGACGAGUCACUGGCCUCGCACUUCGCCCUGGUCACCGCCUACGAGGACAUCAAGACCCGGCUGAGGGACGCGGAACAGGAGAACGCGUUACUGCGGAGGCGCGUCAGACAGCUGGAGGACAAGCUGUACAAACCAGAGGAGGCCGCUACAGAUGGUCAGCGGUACGUCAACAAGGCCUACAGCGCAUAUCGGGGCAUCUACAUCCAGAAGAAGGACCUGCAGAUGGAGCUCAACAAGCUGAAACAGGAGAAGAGUGAGUCAGAGAGGCUCCUGACGGAUCAACUGCAGGCCCGGGAGCUGGAGCUGCUGCAGCUCAGGACGGAGAUGGAGACCAGUCAAGUGAUGCGGAGUCUGAGUGCUUCCCACAUGGGCACGGUGAACAGCGAGCUGCAGAUCCAGACCCUGCAGCAGGAACUGGAGAGGCUGAGACUGCAGUGUCAGAACCUCCAGGAGAAAUGCCAGGAGCUUCCUGAAAUGCCAAGCAGGGGUGCCAAGCAGAACCAGGAAGUGGAGUCUCCAACUGGGGGUGGCACGCUGCUGCAGACGUACGCUGAUCUGCGCGGCGCAAUGUCCCGCCUGCGCGUGGAGACCAGAGCACAGUCCGAGGCGCUGAGGAGGCUGAAGGACUCCAGCCGGCGAGCCUCCUCCAGUAUCCCUGUACAGUGUCUGGAUGACGUGGAGAGGAACAAGCAAAUGCCACGCCCCCCAAGUGCCCCCCCAGUGCCCUCCAGUGCCGGCAGACCUUGCCCCCCCACGGGGCCCCCGCCGGUGGGGGGGGCUAACGAGUACACCUGGAAAGGAGUCUUCAGCUCCACCCCACCUGUUCCGGGCCCACCCCCGCAGUCCUCUGAUUCCCUGGACAUCAGCUCCUGGUCCUUCCCCACACCCCCUAAGCCCAGCGACGCCCUUUUCUGGGAGAACCCCUCGACCCCCCCUGCCGAUAUGGCACAUGGGAGCCCUGGCACCGAGUGGCUCCGGCCCUAUUGAGGGGCUGCACCCCCCCCCCAGGAGACCGCCUGCCCUGCUUCUCACUCCAUGGCUGAUCUCCCCCCCCCCCUGGUUCACCACCAGUGGGCGCUGGUUGUGGGUCACUAUUUUACGGAUCAGCAGGUCUCCUUUGGCAGGAUUGCGUUUCCCGACCACUAUGCAGCCCUGGCACAGUGAACUCCCGCCCAGGUCGGGCAUGGGGCCGCCUUCCACGUCGCUUCCGGCCGUCGUUUCAGCCUAAGUCACCCUUCCGGACUCAGCUGUGGAGGAAGACCAUCCUUUUGUGAGGACGAGCCAGUAACAUGAAGGAUGAACCGGGCUAUCAAUGGCACAGGAUGGAGUGCAGUUCAGACCAAAUGCAAGGAAGCAUGGGAAAUUAUUUACCCCCGUGAAGCAGGUGGUCAGCUCCUCUUCCCCAUUCUGACGCUUUUGCUUCACUGGGUCUGCACCCCGCCCCCCAUCACCCCUCCCACUCCCUCUCACGUCGAGGUAUCGCGCAUGAUACAAAGAUGGCUGACUGCACACUCCUGUUUUCCAACACACGUGCACGUGCAUUUUGGUCACAUGACCGCACCUUGGUCACGGUCUGCUCUCACGCCAAGUCUCGCCAUCCAGGCCGCGUCCAUUUGGGAUGUGCAAUACACUUCUCUGCUAAUGCCCAUCCUUGCCAGCUUUCGUUUCUUUGCCGGGCUGCCAUUUCAGCAUGGUCGUCAUGUGACUGGUGGUGAUUCACCACCGCGCUCUUUCAUUGGCUGCCUGGAUGCGCUAUGUCCUUCACCUUCAGUGGUUUUGGUUCUUCAGCAGGAGAAGUGUGGCCUCUUACCAUGUAGAAUAAAGAGUGUGGCAAGAGAUCUGAUACCGAGUUUAACGUUUCAAAUUCGGAAUCGGCGGCCGUGUAAAUAAAGUUGGACGUCAGCAACCGUCCCCUGCGAAGUUGGGAUUCGGGCUGUGAAUUGCCGGAUCCUCCUGCAGGAACCAGGACAGACAAGCAUUUUAUCAUUAUUGUUUUUUUUUUUUUUUGCUGUUCGGUCUGACAAAGGUUCCAGGAAUGGUUGCCCAGGGCCACCUCCACAUUCAGCAGGGCUUUGAGGAGAACCAUGAGUGCAAGUCCACACGAAGAUUAUGAUGUAGAUACGCAGCAGAGACCAGCAAGCAGAAGGCUGGUGCCUUUGUUUAGUGAUGUGAGGAUCUAGAUCCAUUCUUUAUCUGGAAUCUGUAGCAUUGUGCUAUAGAGAGGACCAUUCAUAGCUGUAAUAUUCAUCCGCAUCCUUACAAUCACACUACUGAGCAUCUCUAUACCAAGUCCCCUUUGUCUUCAUACUGUUUUAUCUGCAUCUUAGCCACAAAAUCGUGUGUAGUGUAGCUACCUCUCGACCUCUGUGACAAUGUGUCCUGUAUUUAUUUAUUUUUCAUUUGAGCCUAUGAGAAAACAAACCACAUUUCUGGAAACAGACCGCGUCACUAAAACAGAAUGUGAUGUGUACAAGCUUUGUCCAAACGUCCGUCCAAUUUGUCGGUCGUAGCCCCUCCUCCUUUUCAAGGCCUUUGCUUAUUCGCACGUCAGUGCCCACAGGUUUCUGCAAAGCGCUUUGUGAAAUAAUUCGUUCAUGUUAAAUUCUCCUGGUUCUGUUUUCAAGGUUUUGUUCCAAGAUUCCUGUCAUGGUUACGUUUUUUUUUUUUUUUUAUUACAGCAAAAGUUUGAAAACCAAAAAUGCAAUGUACAGUAUGUAUUGAUUAUAUUUUAAGAUUACUCCAGAUGGCAAAUACUGUUUGUAAAUAAUGUUGAGAUUAAAAGAAAACCGUGAAAACUG